GUUCACAGUAGUCAGUCUCCUUCCCAUGGGCGUUAUAAAGGGUAAAGGUUAAUUAGUUAGAGAAGAAAUUUGAUCAGGGGCGGGCAGUUAAAAUUUGAUACUCAGACAGGUAAUUCAAGCAUUCCCUAUUGUCACCUCAAUCAGACCUAUAUAAAUCGUCUCUGACGGACACCAGUCACCGCAUAGCCUUUACUCGUCUCUUUUGGAUCAACGACCGGGCAAGAACCUCAACGCGGAUUAAAAUGUCGCUCUCAUCUAUCCUUUCCGCUGAUGCCAUAGACGCUGCUAUGAAGGACUGCCAAGCACCGGACUCCUUCAACUGCAAGAAGUUCUUCCAGCAGUGUGGCUUGACCAAAAAGAGUCCCGCGGAGGUGAAGAAAGUCUUCGGGAUCCUGGACAACGACGCCAGCGGCUUCAUUGAGGAGGAGGAACUCAAGUGAGUCGGCUACAAUUGUUGCA